AUGGGUGGCGAUCCUGGCGGUUAUACAUUCAUCAAUCACUUUGUAGAUCAAAUUGGAAGAUCAAUGACUGGUCAGGAUCAUGGUACUCCGGUGUGGGUUCCUGAUACGGUUCAAGUUUUUGUGCGAGGGACUUUGCUGGAUACGAAGAUCGUUAAGGAUAGGAGUAAUCGAGAUAAACAAGUUGGUGUAGUACGUUUGUUGGAGUCCAAUGAGAUCCAUGAGUAUGAGAUUGUGGAUGUUUCACCCGAGAAUCCGGCUGCGUUUGAUAAAGUUGAUGAUAUGUCCGAGUUGACGCAUUUAAACGAGCCUAGUGUGCUUUAUAAUUUGGAAAAUAGGUACCGUGAAGAUUUGAUAUACACCUAUUCAGGGCUUUUCCUGGUGGCUAUCAAUCCCUAUUGUAAUGUGAGGAUAUACACACAGGAAUAUAUCAAUCUAUAUCAUGGCUCACCCAAGGAGGAUAAUAAACCGCAUAUCUUUGGCAUAGCAGAGGAAGCCUAUCAGAGACUACUUUCCGAUAAACAGGACCAAUCUAUUCUGGUUACUGGUGAGUCUGGGGCAGGGAAGACUCAAAAUACGAAACGGAUCUUACAAUAUUUGGCUUCUAUCACUUCUGAAGAUAAAUUGGUGUCGUCGGGUGCAGAGAGUUUCGAAUUGAAGAUCUUGCAAAGCAAUCCGAUUUUGGAAUCAUUCGGUAACUCUCAAACUGUGCGUAAUAACAAUUCAUCGAGGUUUGGUAAGUUUAUCAAGAUCGAGUUUGAUGAGAGGGGGAAGAUAAAUGGUGCUCAUAUAGAGUGGUAUUUGUUGGAGAAAUCCAGAGUUGUACAUCAGACGUCGCUUGAGAGGAACUAUCACAUCUUUUACCAGCUAUUGUCGGGUUUAACGUCUCAGGAUUUGAGAAAAUUGGAAUUGGACUCGAGAUCCAUUGCUAGCUAUAAUUAUUUGAACAAUUCUAAUGCGUCCAUUCCAGGAGUAGACGAUUCAUUGAACUUCCAAGAACUGUUGAGUGCAUUCAAGAUCGUUGGGUUUAGUCAGGAUGAGAUUUUUGACAUUUUCAAAGUGAUCUCUAUCAUCUUGCAUAUCGGUAAUGUCGAAUUCGUAUCGGAGCGAUCAGAACAGGCAUCAAUUAAGAAUGAUAUCUCAAAACUUUGCAAACUAUUGGGGGUUACUGAGGAUGAGUUGAAAACUGCAAUCUUGAAACCUAAAUCAAAAGCUGGUAAAGAAUGGGUAUCACAAUCAAAGAAUGCUACUCAGGCGCGAUUCAUCCUGAAUUCCCUUUCAAGAUCACUCUACGAAAAAUUGUUUGCCCAUAUAGUUGCCAGGAUUAAUCAGAGUCUCGAUCACGGUUCGAUGACCGCAAACUAUAUUGGUUUACUUGAUAUUGCAGGUUUCGAAAUCUUUAAAAGCAAUUCUUUCGAACAAUUGUGCAUUAAUUAUACGAACGAGAAAUUACAACAGUUUUUCAAUCAUUACAUGUUUGUCCUCGAGCAAAGUGAGUACCUAAAGGAGAAUAUUCAAUGGGACUACAUCGAUUAUGGGAAGGACCUACAAUCGACUAUCAACUUGAUUGAACAAAGGGGUCCUUCAACUGGUGUCUUACCUUUGCUCGACGAGGAAUCCAUCCUACCAAAGUCUACAGAUGAAUCCUUCAAUUCAAAACUUAUCUCUACUUGGGAUCAAAAAUCUACCAAGUUCAAAAGGUCUAAGAAACCUUUCUGUUUCAUACUCACACACUACGCGGGUGAUGUUGAGUACAAUAUUGAUGGUUGGCUAUCAAAGAACAAGGAUGUUUUGAGUGAUAACCUCUUGAGCGUCCUCACAUCGUCCUCAAAUCAGCUUGUGCAAAGCUUUUUCGAUGAUUCGCAGAGGAAACGUGGUGGAGCUUUCCGAACUACCUCAAGUCGUCACAGGGAGCAACUAGUGUCAUUGUUGGAUCAACUUUCAUCAACACAACCUCAUUUUGCUCGUUGUAUAAUACCGAACAAUGAAAAGAAGUCCAAGACAUUUGAUAGACGGCUCAUUUUGGAUCAAUUGCGUUGUAAUGGUGUUUUAGAAGGAAUAAGGAUCGCCCGCGAAGGUUACCCAAAUCGUAUAUUCUUUAAAGAGUUCUUUCAAAGGUAUAAACUGUUAUCCGACGGUUUUGGAUUCUCCUCCAACUCGAAGAAAAAUACAGAGUUCUUACUUUCAUCACUUCGCUUGGACCCCAGUCUUUACAAAGUUGGUAGUACUAAACUGUUUCUGAAAGCUGGUGUAUUGGCAGAACUUGAGGCUAAGAAGGAGAAGAUCCUCGCGAAGAUAUCAGAGAAACUGAAUGCCAACAUCCGUGGUCAUCAGAUUAGAAUUGAUAUCAACAGGCAAUUAAGUAAAUUAAGAGCUGCCAGAGCUUUGGGUCACACUUUCAGGAUCUUCAAUAGGCUAAUGGAAGAUCCAUGGUAUAAUUUAUACCUCAAGAUCAAGCCAUUAUUAUCAUCCUCACACGAUAUCACAAAGACGAAGAAAAUAGCAGAACAAGUGAAAGCACUGGAGUCUAAACUACUAGCAGCAGAAGAUGAGCGAGAUCAGUUCAAACUUGAAAAAAUGCAAGUUGCAAAAGAUCUAGAAGAACUUCGCUCGUUACUGGCUACUGAGACAAAUAAACUAGAUCAACAGAUUCGUAGUAUUGAGGAAGCGAAGAGCAGACAUUUAUUUCUAGAGAAGCAGUUGGAAGAGGCUGUAAGCUUAAGGAAGAAGAUCGAGGAAGAGAAAAUCGAAGCCCAGAAACAACACGAGAAGGCCCUUUCAGAAGUGUCACAAAUAAGGCAACUCUCCACCCAGGAAGAAGAGAGACUCAAAUCACUACAGGAUGAGAAAACAGGUUUAAUAGCCAAGAUCAAGGAAUUGGAAGGGAUAAUCAUCGUGAGGGAUCAAGCCAUUGCUGACCUGAAAAGAGCAAAAGAUGAUAUUGCAAAGGAUAUAGCAAGUUUGAAAAAGGUUGAAACAUUUAAGAAUGAUGAGAUUAAGAGCCUGAAAAGUAAGCUGCUUACUUCAGAAAAAGAUUUAGAUGUCAAAUUAGUGACUUUGGAGAAAAACUGUACUGCGGCAAUGGGUCGUCUACAAAACUUAAUCGCAGAAAACAAUGAUUUACGUCAACAGAUAAGCACCUCAGAGAAGGAAAAGCAAGCAGUUGGUCGUGACUUGAAAGCUCGUGAAAGAGACUUGCAAAGAUUCAAGGACAAGAUUACCUCUCAUCAGGAUGAGAUGUCAACGAUUUCGACUCAAAGGGAUAACACUGUAGCAGAACAUGCCAAAGUGCUUGGUGAGCUCAAAGAAUCUAGGGCAUAUGCUUCUACUCUGAAGACGAAAAUUCAAGAGAUGGAAAGAGUUCAUGAGAACUUCCGCAAGGAAAGCGAAGCUCGAGAGGCGCAAGAAAAGAAGAGUAACGACGAUAGCUUGGCAAUAAAGGAACUAGAACGUCGCCUUGCUGAGGAAAUUUCACUGAAUCGCUACCUCAAUCAAAAAGUUUCAACACAUAUUAAUGACCACAGAACGCUAAGAGAUAUGGGAGACAACUUUGAACUGUCUGAAACAAAGAAACUUGAUCUUGCAACCUAUUACAAGGAUCUAAAAAUCAAGUUUGAAGAGCUUAAAAGAAAGCUAGACGAAGAGAUCGAGCAAAAGAAAGAUUUGAGCUCCAGGCUAAGAUUUACAGAGACUAGGCUUGCGUCAUCGUGUUUCGAUUCACAAAUAGCACACAGUCAAGUUAAGAAGCUGAGGAAGAUCAUUCAGGAAGCAAACCUUUCAGUCAAUCUUGAUGCUGAGUUAUCUAAGUUGAAGCCAUUAGAGGUCAACACUGAGAAACUCGUCUUAGAAGUUGACCAUUUGAAGCGGCAAUUGGAGCUCGAGAUCAAAUCUCGGUGUGAUGCCGAAAAUGUUGCCGCUGCCCUGCAUAAUAAAUUUAAUCAAAUACAAAGAUCUGAUUCUUCUCAUGACAUUUACAGGCUGAAGUAUGAGGCAAGCGAAGAACGCGCCAAAUCAUUAGAGACCAAACUGCGUUCAUUACCACUAAGAGAUAGGACGAACAUCACCGGUGAUAUCUUCACUAAUCGUGAGAGCGUUUCCAAGUACGCAGACGAAAUCAGGUUUCACAAGCUGGAGAACUACAAACUGCAGGAGAUACUGGUCGAUGCAAAGAAGAAAAUUGCUUCUCUUGGUCAUGAAAUUAAGCAAUCUGCCACCAAGGACAUUCUACUGACUGAGCAGAUUGAAAGACUACAAAAGGAUUUGGACUCUACCGAACGCCAAAACGAGUUACUUGUUGCGAAUAUAAAGCAACAAAAGCAGCAGUAUGAGAAUUGCUUAAAUGACCUACACGUUAACGAAACCAGAUCUAGGGAGUACAUGCACAAUCUAAAGGAAGCCGAGAAUGAUGUUAAGAGCAUGGCUGAGGUUAUUGAGAAAUUGAAGCUUCAAGUAAAACAGAAGGAUAAGCAAAUUUGGCAAGGUGACACGGAAAGAAACGAUCUGGAUAUGCAACUUCAGGAAACCAUUCUGGAAUUGAAGAAAGUUCAAGAGAUUAACAAGAUGUUGAACGAGGAUUUGCGACACUUGAAAGAAAGACUAUCUCGGGAAGAGGACAACUCUCAAUACAUAGAAGAGAUCGAAGAAUUGAAAUCUCAAGUAAAUUCGUACAUGAAGAAGGAAUCUGAGCUUAAGAAGGAGAUAUCGACAAUAAAAUAUGACUUACAAGUUUCUUCGAAUGAUUCAGAAGCGAAAAUUACUGAUUUGCUCAGCCAGGUGAAUCAUUAUGAGAAACUCGUGGGAACUUUGGGCAAUGAAAGAGACCUUGCGGAUGCAGCAGAGAAAGAUCUGGGCAAACAAUUGGAGUCGGCAAAUGCAGAAAUAAAAUCGAUGCGCAUUACACUGGAUACAGUUUCGAGGGAAAAGAGUAAUCUUGAACAAGACCUUGAGCAUCUGAGGGGUGAGUAUCAGAAUUCGAUAAGAGAUUUAGAGAAAUCUUUGAAUGAGAAGUAUGACAUUUCAAAUAAGGUCAAAUGUCUCGAAGAGACCCUUGCACUACAAAACGACCAAAACCUGAGAAAUGAGAGUUUAGUAAAACAGCUUCAUAACGACGUGGACACGUUGAAGAAAUACCUCAAGGAAGAGAAACAGAAGAGUAUCAAUCUAUAUGAGGAGAAUCAAUCUUUGAACAGUUCCAAUUCUCAACUUACAAACAAGAUCGAGUCUUUGAAAGCCCAACUGGCAGACUCUUCCGAGAAAGAUGCUUGGCUCACUAGAAUUCAUGAGCUUGAAAACAUGGUCUCUCAAGAAUCUGAAUUGAAGUAUGAAGAAAUGAAGAAGCUGAAGAAUGUUGAUCGAAUCAUCGAAGAAUUGAGGCAAAAAAACGCAAGUCAAACACGAGAGCUUGAGACUGCAAAUGAGGACAAGAGGAAGUUCGAUGAGGAGAUACUGCAUUAUAACGAGCAAAUUAGCACCAUGGAAAGGCACAUAUCACAGCAAGAAAUGUCCCUGAAGAAAACCGUUCGGGAUAACACAAACAUGGAAGAAAGAAUGGAACAGUUAGAAAGAGAAUCUCAGUUUUGGAAGCAGAGGUACGAGUCUCUAGCAUCUGGCAGAUCAAAUGCCAAAACGCAUGAUGAAGGCGUACUGAUCUAG